ACCGGCCACCGGUCGGCAUUACCGUUGAUCGCGUCUUCUCGCUUAGUCACUUGUCGUCGCAGUUUGUAUAGUUCGCGGGCGUGCGCAGCUCCCGUUCAGUUGCAGUUCUACCUCCACCGGUUCAACAUGGUGUCCAAAGCUGCUUCUUUAGCGCCACUUUGGCUACUGCUGAUUUGCGGUGCAGCCUUGACCCAGGUCAUGGCGCUUACCGUGGACAGUCCCAAGGGUAGAAGGUUCAUCUGCCACUACACGACCUGGUCCCGUAUGAGGCAGGACGACGGGGCGUACACUAUCGAGGACAUCCCGGGGGAGUUGUGCUCGCACGUGGUGUACAAUUUCGUGGGGAUCGACGAGAAGUCGUUCCAGUUGACUUCGAUGGAACCGGACUACGACCUGGGUGAGAACGGGUUCCGCCGGUUUGCGGCCCUGAAAGACAAGUAUCCGAGCCUAAAACUGAUGGUGGCCGUCGGUGGUUGGGGCCACGGAGGGGAAAAGUUCAGCAAGAUGGUUGAGUUCCGCGACAAUCGGAGACGUUUCGUGGCCAGCGUCGUAAAGUUUUUGCACAAGUAUGGUCUGGACGGCCUCGAGGUGGUGUGGUUGUAUCCGGGGAACUACGACCGCGGGGGUAACAUCAAUGAUAAGGAUAACUUCUUCUACCUGAUUCGGGAGCUGGCGCAGGCGUUCAAAACGGCAGGAAAGGAAUGGGAAGUUGCCGUGCAGGUCCCGGCCGACAAGACGCGGCUGGAUGCCGGCUACCAGAUCGAUGCACUGUGCGAAGCCGCCGACUUCAUCCACGUGAUCGGGUACGACCUGCGAGGCUGGUGGAACAACUUUGCGGACGUUCACAGCCCACUGAAGGAUCGCCUGCACGACGAGGGCAGCUUCGAGGGUCUAAACGUUCAGUCCGGCGUCGGACAGUGGCUCCACAAUGGUUGUCCCGCCACCAAAAUCAUUCUGGGCGUUCCGCUGUUUGGACGGAGCUACCUUCUGUCAAGUCCGGAAGACAACGCCCUGGGUGCGCCCACGAUCGGUGCUGGCGCCGCCGGAGAGCUGACCAACGAGCCGGGCUAUCUGGGGUAUUGUGAGAUCUGCCAGAUUCUACCGGCCAUGACGACCCGCUGGGACGACGUCGGACAAUGCCCGUACGCGUUCAACAGUGACGAGUGGAUCGGCUACGAGGACGAGCGGUCGCUCAAGGCCAAGAUCGAGUGGGCCAUCAAGAACCGGCUGGCGGGAAUCUACGCGUUCUCGCUCGAUCUGGACGACUACCGGGGUCGGUGUGGGAAGCCGUAUCCGUUGACACGGGCACUGCACGCGUACUACGAGCAAACCAAAAACGAAACCCUCGUUACGUGGCCUUGAAGUGGGGCUGUGAUGCGAUUUAGAAUAAUUAGAUAUUAGUUAUUUAUUUUGUAUAAAAUCAUGAUAAAAUGUAACCCAGCGUAACACUCGCUGUUUUCGAAAUUGAAAAAAAGUCAUCAACUUACGGUACGUUCUGGACGGACUCAAGGUGGUAUGAAAUCAAAAUCAACGGUUAUUCUUUCAAUUUGUUUAUUGUCUAACUCUGAUUGUGACACUGUGAACAUUGGCUUUUAUUUUCCUUGACAAACUGUAAUUUUUAAGUGUCCACCAAGAAAGCGCGCCCAGCGUGAUACUUCACUGUUCGAAAAUACAAAAUUGUCAUCCAUUCGGAAUCGUUCUACGAAACCUGCCAACAAAUUUUCAAAACUGUUUUCAUGUAACAAAUUAUAACGAUCCAUUUCAAGCUGCAGUGCUAAAUGCCGACACGUUCCAUCCGCGCUACGAUGUUUCAUGAAAUAUACUGAUUUGCAGAUCUUACUCUCUAGAAAUCGAUCAACUGUUGUUCAGAAUUGGCGCCUCCCUGCGCAUACACGUGUUGUGUGAGGUUAUGUCCUUUCUCUCCAAAAGCUGCUUCUAAAUCAAGUGACACGUUCUCGGGUGUCCUAAACAAUGCUGCUGGACGUUGUUAAUUUGAAGAUGCGGGUUUUCUGUGAUUUUCACCUCUCUUUGCUCUCUUUUUACUUACAAAGUACUACGGAAAGUUAUCCGACAUGAAACACGAAAUUAUAAGUAAGGUAACAUUUGUUCAUCUAAUGCAUUGGUUUAAAUGUCAGGUUGCAAUUUAUAUAUAGAUCAAUUAUUCGCUCAGCUUCAAUGAAGAAUUUGUAACUUUUUGUAGUUGUGUUUUGUGUGUAUGUGU